AUGUUUUGGCGGGGAUGGUCUGGAAGCAUCCUGCGUAGGCGUCACCUUAAGCGUGGUGGCUCCGUGCGUGCUCUACGGGAACUGAGGAAGAUUGCCAUUUUGGAGGCCACCGCAGAUAAGCCGCUGCACGAGCGUGAGGGUAAGUCGUCGUCCUUGUUGGCAUCAUCAUCGUCGUCAUUUUCUUCAUUAGCGAGGGGGUCUGUCUUGCGAUCGUUGGACAGUGCUGUUGAGGCGGCCUAUGAUCGGAUGAACCUUUCAAAAAGCUUUCACAGCGAUGCCGCUGUGUCCGGCUUGUCAACGUCACCUAAAGCCGCUUCUUUGAGCCACUUUUUGACAGAGUGCCGCCGAUUGAGAGUGGAGAUUGGAGAGGCUCGUGAUGCUAGUGACCGUCGUCGUCUCCGCGACGCCACCCGAUUAUUCUGGGCGGGGAACGUGGAUGGUGCUUUGGCCUGCUGCGCCAUGCAAGGGAGGGACUUUGGGUUUGUUGCCGGGUUUGGGCUUAUAGACAACGCCCUGCAUGUGUGCUUUCCUUCUUUACAGCUCGCACUGCACUGCAUGGCACGGGAUAAGAGCACUUGCGCUUGCACGAGUAUGGUGCUGGCUCUGCACUACAUGGCCCGGGAGCUGGAUCACCUGGAGAAAAACCAUGCGGGGCCCGCUGCGUCGCACUCCGGUUGGGCACAACAGAGGAGGUUACAAAUGAAGGAUAAGACUGAAGUUAAACGUCUUGACGAAGACAGCAGUGGCGCUGCUGGUGAUGGUGCCGCUGCGGGUUUGGAAAUAGUGACACCAGAGGAAUUAGAAAGCUUCAGGCGAGUCAUCGCCACCCUCGGUGUGGAGCGCCUCCACCUCUUCUUCAUUGAACGGGGUCAAUCGGGACGUGUUUUGGGCUCCGCGGAAGACGCCCUGCAUGCGUUGGAGUUUUUGGCCAUCGUCAAAGUAGAUGAUGCAGGUGAGAAGGCCCGUGCCCUCGUCGAGGCGAAGAGGCCACGCUGGUGCCAGUCCUGUCACACGUACCUUGUGCUAUCUUUAUUUCGCCAUGUUGCCCACAAAAGCAAGGAUUUAAAGUUUACUUCUGUUGUUCACGCGUUUAAGCUCCUGCGCAUUUUUAUGCCUUUGCUUUCUUCCUCAGCGCCGGCACCUUCUACUUCUUCUGAGGAUAAACAACGACAGUCGGGUGGCAUGCAGACGGCUGCCACGCUUUGUUUUGACUCGCAUGCCGCUCAUGCCGUGGCCGAUGGCAAUGCGCCACUAUUUCAUGAAAGCCCGGCGUAUCGUGAGUGGCAUAUACAGCGUGACAUUGUGGACGGUGUUUUAUGGGGGCUGUGCGCCACACUGCAGCGAAAAGACGCGCGUUUUGUGAAUUCAUUUCACUUUGUGCAAAUCAUGGAGACAAUUUCACGGCUUCCACCGCAUUUUUUGUCGCGUCCCCCUCAUCCGAGGCGUCGGAGAAUUCAAAAUUUUGGGGUUUUUGCCACCACCACCACCAGAAACAGCAGCAGCAGCACCGAUGGGGAGGGGGCGACUUCACUCUCAAGAGCAAGAGAUGAGGAAACACCGCAGACCACGGAAGAGGUGUGGGGUUACUUGAUUGCAAAAGCCUGCAUUUUCAUUCCAGGCCUGACAUCAGAUCAGCGGCGUCGUGUGUGUUGUGGUCUCCGACUGGCUGUUCAGAGGCGGGAAGGAUAUUUUGACCGCACAACAAGUGGGGAUAAAAAUCGUCGUUCAAAGACUUCUGCUGCAGAGGCUUUAUUGCUGCCGAUGGCGCAUGAGUUGUUGCAGUACCCGAAGGACUAUGAGGCCGCCAUGUUUGGCCGUCCACCGGCAGAAGGGAGGGGCGGUGAUUAG